AUGACGGGACGUCCGCCAUCUUCGCCUGUCCCACCACUCAUUACGCUGGUCGACGUCAAUUUCGGAUUCGCCAUCCUGCUGAAUGGCUCGACAUCCCUGAGCCUCUCGCUGGUCAGCAUUAGCAUUCGCGUCCUCGCUGCAUCCAUUCAGGUGCCACUACUUUUUGUCUCCUACCGCCGCGACCACCCGACUACUGGACCAGCCUUGCCCCGCGUCCUCCGACUGUCGAUGCAGUCAGUCCCGACUUGCACGUUCCUCGACGACCUCGGGACGCGUCGCCAAACGCGGCGGCGACCUCGGCACGGUUUCAUCGCGCCUCGUGCUGCGACCAGCUUUGAUCUCGCCGCGACGCGUGCCCCGCCACGCGAGCUCGGGACCGUCGUCCACGCGCUCGGAGUGUUCCGCCACCGCUCGUGUACUCGGCGACUGCCGUCGCGGCUAGCGAGCGCGCUGUUGACAUUGAAACGUGCCCCUCGACGAGCAGAGCGUCAGGGAAUGAUGUCGCGACCUACGCCACACGACCGACGCGUGAAACCCAUAGGCGGGACUCCCCACGAUGCCGGGAACUCAGCAACCCUACCGCACCCAUGCUCUGAAUUCGAUGUGCCCGACCUCGGGAGAUCCCUCGAUGAUUGCCUCGACCGAGCCAGCUCGAUUGCGAACUGCCGCGAGGCAAUACAAGCUUCACUCGGCUCGUCUCGAGCUCGCAGAGAGGAGGGAAUCAUCAGGCAUGACCUGAAAGUUUCUCCUCUGCUGCUGUUGGCUUCACUAGAAUCAAUUGAGAGCGCGGUAUACGCUCCCUCGCCUCUAUAUCGCCCGAGACGCUGCCUGGAUGAAAUGGACACAUAUAUGACGCCUUUGACGCGCCAUGAAGGUCUAUGCGGGACUGUACAAAGCCGCGACAUUGCUCCUCCACCCUCGCUACGACCUCUGGCUUACGCGUCGGCCCCCCACGCCUCUGAGAUCACACACUCAUUCGACAAGUUUUUGACUAGGUUCCUUGUUGGCGGUAUCUACGACUUUCUAUGUCGCAGCGGCUCGCCAAUGCGUUUGAGCACCACCCCCAGGCGCGGGGGAGGCGCUGACAGUCCAUCUGAAGGGUGGAUAUCGAGAUUGAGCUUGUCCAUGACGCGGAUGCGCACGAAUAUGCAUUCCGCACAUCGUAGAGGUCUAGCUCAGCCAGAGAGAGCGUGGGGAGGGGUCUUUGAAUGCGAUCUCGUUGUUCUCAGGCGAUCCAGCUCGUCUUAA